GUGUUUGGAGGCGGAGAGUCAGUCAGCUCACUGUGGAGCUGUGUCGGGCAGCAGGAGGAGCCGACACCGACAGAAAGGACCGAGUCAAAGAAAGACGGCAACGUCGCUCUAAUGCACGAAGACGGGCUUUGAACCUCACCGGAGGAAACGGUCGGCUGCUUCACGUGAGGGUUUACCGAGGACAGAAAGGGUGUUGACUCUACGGACACAGCAACCCCCCCUCCAAAAAAAACAAAAAAAAAACACAACAGCAAGAGGAAUCGGCAAGAGGGAAGGAGCCAGGCUUAGUAUGUUAUUGGAGAAAUUGACUGUGCACUGGCAGCCUCCUGCAUGUUAAUGUAAUGGAAACGCGCCUUGGUCACCCCCGGUAGCAUCUGAAAUGCAUCAGCGGAAAUAUAUCAGCAACUCCCAUGGCUAAUUGUAUCAAGCGGUGGUGGCUCGAGUUGGCCAGCGGACGCACUCAAGAGCCGGGUGCCCUGCCAUGCCCAGCGCCAUGCUAAAGCAACACACUCAUAAUAACAAGGAGCACUCCGUUCAACCAGUGGGAAAGCUGUGGAAAAAGUUGGUGGAAAAUCUAUGGUUUGAGCCUCAAUUUUGAUUUCCUUUUUUUUUUUUUUUUUUGGAAUUUUGACCUAGAUAUUCUGUAACGCAACAUAGCUCGGCCGCUUCCCCUGCCAUCUGCGCCGGCUCUGCUUCUUUCUCCACUUUUCACUCAAGUUGCAUUCACUGUGGCUCCUCCUUCGCAUCGGCCCCCGAGGACGCGCUAGACUGCUCCCUGCUUUCUGAGAGGCGCGCUUUCAGCCCGACGAAAUGGAUGUUCGACUUUACUGCCGGCCUUCGUUGCAGUUGCGAAUGUGAGGGGCAGGAUGAAGGGACCCCUAUGAAGAGGAGGAAUAGGUGGAACAGCAGCACUAUAUCAAAAUGGCCCAAACCAGUUUGCUGCAGGGGAAGCGCUUUUACUGCCGGGAGUGGGUCUUCCACAAGAUCCAGCAUUGCCUCCAGGAGAAAACCAACAACCUCAGUGGAGUGACCAGCACUCCCAGUAAGCAGCCCCCGCCGGCGCCCGGUGGGGUUGCGUCCAACCCUGGCACUCUGACAUCAGGAUCCACAAAGUCAGGUACCUCCUGGGGGGUGUUGCUGGUGGGGGGGCCCGGCAGCGGGAAAACCGCGGUGUGCACGGAGCUGUUGUGGCCCACGUCGGCGCAGGGAACGCACCGGGGUCUGCACCAACAGAGCCUGGCGUUCCACUUCUGCCGGGCGGACGACUCGGACACGCUGUGCGUCGGCGGGUUCAUCCGAGGCCUGGUGGGCCAGAUCUGCCGCAGCGGGCUGGUGCCGGGGUACGAGGAGAAGGUGCGCGACCCAGCUGUGCAGAGCACUCUGCAGCCCGGGGAGUGUGAGAGGAACCCCACAGAGGCUUUCAAGAGAUGUGUCCUCCUGCCUCUGCUGAGCGUUAAGCCUCCUCAGCAGUCUCUCUUCCUGAUGGUGGACUCCAUCGAUGAAGGCUGUCAGCUGGGUGAGGGGGAGCAGAGGUCCUCCCCCGGCUCCCCCAGGACCAUCGCUGAGCUCCUGGCCUGUCAUCACGAGUUCCUGCCUCCCUGGCUGCUCCUCAUCUGCUCCGCACGACGACAGAAUAAGGCCAUUACUAAACUGUUCACAGGAUUCCGCAAAAUCAGCCUUGAUGAUCUGCGCAAGGCCUACAUUGUCAAGGAUGUGCAGCAGUACAUCCUCCACAGGCUGGACCAGGAGGAGGCCCUGAGGCAGCACCUGACCAAGGAGACAGCCGAGAUGCUCAACCAACUCCACAUCAAAAGCAGUGGCUGCUUCCUCUACCUGGAGCGUGUGCUGGAUGGCGUGGUGGAGAACUUUAUCAUGCUUCGCGAGAUACGUGACAUCCCUGGCACUCUCAACGGCCUCUACCUGUGGCUCUGCCAGAGACUAUUUGUCAGAAAACAGUUUGCCAAAGUCCAGCCCAUCCUUAAUGUAAUCCUGGCCACUUGCAGGCCACUCACGGUCAAGGAACUGUACCACGCAGUCUGGACCAAAAACAUGACACUGACUAUGGAAGAAUUUCAGAAAAAGAUGGACAUUCUCUCCAAGUUGUUGGUUGAUGGCCUUGGGAGUACUAAAAUCCUUUUUCACUACAGUUUUGCAGAGUGGUUACUGGAUGUUAAGCAUUGUACCCAGAAGUACUUGUGCAAUGCAGCAGAGGGACAUAGGAUGUUGGCAAUGAGUUACACUUGCCGGGCAAAGCAGCUCAAACCACUCGAAGUGCAGGAAUUUGCACUGCACCUUGUCAAUUCCAAUCUGCAGAUUGAGCCAUUUAAUCUUGCUCUUUGGAUGGUUUGGAAUGGAACUCCUGCUAAAGACUCUCUGACCACCUCUAUACCAAGAGAACAGGAGGUCCUGCAACUUCUGGUCAAAGCUGGUGCUCAUGUAAACAAUGAGGACGACCACGCGUCAUGUAUUGUACAACAGGCCCUGGAAAGAGAGGACUCAAUACGGACAUUACUUGACAACGGGGCAUCUGUAAACCAGUGCGACUCCAGUGGGAGAACUCUGCUGGCCAACGCUGCAUACAGUGGAAACCUCGACGUGGUCAACUUGCUCAUAUCAAGAGGGGCAAACAUGGAGCUAGAAGACAACCAUGGACAAACGGCACUUACUCUUGCUGCGAGGCAGGGCCAUACCAAAGUGGUCAACUGCCUAAUUGGUUGUGAGGCCAACAUAAACCACACAGAUCACGAUGGAUGGACAGCCCUUCGCUCAGCAGCUUGGGGUGGACACUCCGAGGUUGUAUCUGCUCUGCUUUAUGCCGGUGCCAAAGUGGACUGUGCUGAUGCAGAUGGUAGAACGGCUUUGAGAGCUGCUGCUUGGGGAGGCCACGAAGACAUAGUGUUAAACCUUCUUCAGCACGGGGCUGAGGUCAACAAGGCAGACAAUGAAGGAAGAACAGCUCUCAUUGCUGCAGCAUACAUGGGACAUCGGGAGAUUGUUGAGCACCUCUUGGACCACGGGGCCGAAGUUAAUCAUGAAGAUGUGGAUGGGAGGACUGCCCUCUCAGUCGCUGCUCUCUGUGUUCCGGCAAGUAAAGGCCAUGCUUCUGUUGUGAGCCUUCUGAUUGACAGGGGAGCAGAGGUCGACCACUGUGAUAAAGACUGCAUGACUCCCCUCCUGGUGGCUGGCUAUGAAGGACAUGUCGAUGUAGUUGAUUUGCUCCUGGAAGGUGGAGCUGAUGUGGAUCACACAGACAAUAACGGUCGUACUCCUCUUCUUGCUGCUGCAUCAAUGGGCCACGCCUCUGUUGUCAACACAUUGCUUUUUUGGGGGGCUGCUGUUGAUAGCAUCGACAGUGAGGGAAGGACGGUCCUGAGCAUUGCAUCGGCUCAGGGUAACGUGGAGGUGGUCAGAACUCUGCUGGACAGAGGUCUGGACGAGAAUCACAGGGACGAUGCAGGCUGGACCCCGCUACACAUGGCUUCGUUUGAGGGCCACCGCCAAGUGUGCGAUGCCCUUAUCGAGCAAGGUGCUCGUUGUACAGAGGUUGAUAAUGAUGGUAGAAUACCGCUGAUAUUAGCUGCACAAGAGGGACAUUAUGACUGUGUGCACAUUCUUCUGGAAAACAAGUCAUGCAUUGACGAGAGGGGAUAUGAUGGGAGGAAUGCUCUCAGGGUGGCUGCACUAGAAGGCCACAGGGACAUCGUUGAACUGCUGCUGAGCCACGGUGCUGACAUAGAUUACAAAGACGCAGAUGGUCGCCCAACACUCUACAUAUUGGCACUUGAAAAUCAGCUGGCCAUGACAGAGUAUUUCCUUGAAAAUGGAGCAAAUGUGGAAGCUUGUGACACCGAGGGCAGAACGGCCCUCCACGUGUCCUGCUGGCAAGGGCAUGUUGAAAUGGUGAGGCUGCUGAUUAACUAUCAUGCUGAUGUGAACGCCUGUGACAAUGAGAAGCGAUCUGCCCUCCAGUCUGCUGCAUGGCAAGGACACCCAAAAGUGGUGCAGUUUUUGAUAGAAAACGGCACCCAUGUGGAUCAUACAUGCAACCAGGGAGCAACAGCACUAGGCAUAGCUGCACAAGAGGGUCACAUUGACGUUGUGCAAAUACUUCUUGAAAAUGGCGCUGACCCCAACCACGCUGAUCAGUUUGGACGCACAGCAAUGAGAGUGGCAGCCAAAGGUGGCCAUACAAUGAUCAUAAAACUUCUGGAAAAGUAUGGGGCCACAACUCUAAAUGGCUGCAAUCCCUCCCCAGUACACACCAUGGAAGAAAAAACCCCAUUGGCGGUAACUGGCAAAAUGCAGUCACUUACCAUUAAAUCAAGUAGCUCUGGAAGCACCGGGGCAGGAGAUAUGCAGUCGUCUGGACGUGGUUUACCCAACGGACCUGUCCAUGCUUUCAGUUCGCCAUCAGAAUCUCCUGAUUCCACAGUAGAUAGACAGAAAUCUUCUCUUUCAAAUAAUUCCCUCAAGAGUUCGAAGAACUCCUCCUUGAGAACCACAUCAUCCACAGCCACAGCACAGACUGUGCCGAUCGACAGUUUUCAUGGACUGACGUUCACAGAACAAAUCCAACAGCACUCACUGCCUCGCAGUCGGAGCAGACAGUCUAUCGUGUCCCCUUCCUCCACUACUAAGUCCAUUGGUCAGCAGCCAUCAUCUCCAUCCAAUGACUUUGACUGGUCUCAGUUAAAACCUGGUCUCAAGUCAACAAAGGGAAGUAAGACCGGAAAUGGGACAUCAAAUGGUAAAGGAGCACUAGGAGACAAGAAAAAAGGCAAGAACAGCGGAUCCACUCAAGGUCAGGUUCUGGAGUACGAGAUGACACAGUUUGACAAGAGGAUUGCCCUCAACAAAUCAGUAGCAAACAUCGCAGUGAAGGAUCCCCAUUGCAAGAUCAUGAUUGGUGGUUCAGUUCGGCAGGAAAGGGGGCAAGGCCAAGAUCAAUUCUUUAUCCAGCAGCAGAGCUGUUCUGAGAAGAGGAGGAAUGGCAUCAUGACCAACCCCAACUAUCAUCUACAGGGUAAUCAGGUUUUCCUGAGUAGGGUAUCAGUUCCCCGGACUGUACAGAACAGAGGCCACCAGGAUGUUCUAGAGAACUAUCCCAUAGGGGAAACCGAGCUAAGCCUUAAACAAGCCCUGAAACUGCAGAUUGAAGGAUCAGACCCUGGGUUUAACUACAAAAAGGAGACUCCAUUAUAGCUGAUGUCUUGAAUGCCAUUCGUCAUGGAGGGAAUGUGCCAAAGCAACUGUUUUCAUCUGCAUUAAAAUAUUGUUCUCAUCAGUGGGAGACCUCAAAAUACCUAGGGACGAUUGUUGACUGCUGCCUAAGGCUUAUGUGAACUGAUACAUCGAUGUGCCUACAUCUGUUACAGCCUUCUUCAUGUAUUCGUGCAAACUAUCAUUUUAAUUUAAUGUUAUGCUAUUUAAUAAACAGUGUAUGCACUUUUAAAAGAGUAAAAUGACAGACAUGCAUUUGUUCUAUUUACUUUGUUUGUAUCCCAUCCAUGUUGUUGAGUAAUUGUUUGAGAGAAACAUACCAAUGCUUUUUUAUUAUUUUGUAUUAUGUUUGUUCUGUCUACUUUUUCACACUGACAGCAAUGUACCACUGAGUACAUUGUCACAAACCACAGGACAUAACAGUAACUGAUGCCAUGGUAUGAAUUUAAGCGCAUUGAUAGUCUGCCUUUCUAGAGACCCCAAAUACUCUGUGUUAACCUUGAUCAGUGUGCUAAACCUAUGUUGUGUGUAAUAUGUUAAUAGCUAUGGCAAUUUACUUCACAAGUAUAUACAAGCAUAUUUAUUUUUGGAAAAAAGCCACUUUUGCUGCAUUUUGUGUUGCAUUACGCUCUACCAUGGUGCUGUGUUCAGAAGUUGCCUGCAGUUAUUUUGGACUCCCAGUUUUGUUGGCUUUGUGCGUUUGUGUAUUACAAAUAUCUAAGAAAGGAGGUGCAUAGAAAAUGUAAAAAAAAAAAGUUCAUUUUGUCCCUAUGGGAUUUUUCGGUUGCUUGUGUGUGAUUAUUUUGUGUGUGCUUAAAAAAAUAUUUAAAUAACCCAUUGUGUACCGUCGGCAAAAGUUUGGUGCUAAGUGCAGCGAUUUCAAGUGAAAGCAGCGAUUUAAAGAAAAGCAUUUGUCUGCAGAGUUACACGUAUAUAACCUACUGCAAUGCAAGAAACAAAAUCCAAGCUUUGUUUCCUUCUUGUCAUGUGGUUAAUUUCCAGUUAUUCCUGCUGGAUUUUUCAGGGGCAUGACGCAUAACGGCUCAAAAAGGGUUCAGCCAUUAAGACAACUCAUAGCUGUGAAUGAUAUUGUUUGAAAUGCAGAGUUGUAAAGCCAAAGUUGAAACAUCCGAACUGUGUCCCACCUUCUCCCUGUGAGAAGCUGCAUAUCAGUUCAACAGGACUUAACCCCACGGGAGAUGGAGGGGAGGAGGUGCUCGACUGUGACGCUGAGGGAACUGAAACAUCUGUUUCUCAUGAACUGUGCAGAGCUGCAUUAGCGUUUACAGACUGUCAUAUUUUUGCAGGCUUUUCAUAUUGUCAACAGUGAGCUAUUUUUUGCCAAGAGCUGGGAUCGGGGGGGUAGAAACCUAUCGCAUGCACACUUAUAAGCCCUAGUGAAAGCUCUCAGCUCUUCAGUACUACAGUAGCUCAAUCGUAUGCCAUGAAGGGUCAUAGAAGGAUUCAAGGCAAGAUCGGGUCUAGGAAACAGUGUUGGAGAACAUACUGUAUAGUCUUAUUAUUAAGCAGUUAUCUUGUUUGUCUUGACUGUGUUUUGUCUGUCAUCUUUGAUUUGACUGUCAGUGAUUGGGUUGUAAAUAGCUUACCAUGUACAUUCAACUUUCAUUUAAAAAGAAUUCCUGUAUUAUAUGAAGUGGAAUUUUCUGAUGUAUAUUAAAGUGCUUAAUAAACAUAUUUGCUUUACUGCUGAACAACAAA